AUGGGGAUCGUGCAGAGCCGUGGCGACAGCGACGGCGGCGGUGGCGGUGGUGUGCGCGAGGUGUUCAUCGGCGGUGUCAAGGGCGGCACGCCUCACCAUCCUCAAUAUCAACCUGGCAGCCUCGGUAUGGGAAGCCUGACCGGACCACGCAGCGGCAGCAUCCGCUCCGCGCCGAGGCAGCCGAUGCCCGACGCCGUCGAGCUCGAGAGGCGUUUCACCAAAGUCCUGGCCUCGAUGGAUUUGCCUCCGGACAAGGCGAAGCUGUUGAAGCAGUACAACAACGAGAAGAAAUGGGACAUCAUAUGCGAUCAAGAACGAGUACAAGCGAAAGAUCCACCCUCGCAUUAUCUAGCCAAAUUGCGAACCUACUUGGACCCGAAAGCUUCGAGGAGCCAUCGAACGUAUCGUUUUCUCGCAUUUUUCCAGAAGAGGAAAAUGGUAGGGGAGUCGACGUCAACGCAAGUUCUGAGGGAUCUGGAGAUCUCUUUGCGCACAAACCAUAUCGAGUGGGUGAGGGAAUUUUUGGACGAAGAGAACCAAGGAUUAGACGCUCUCAUAGACUACCUCAGCUUCAGGUUGCUAAUGAUGAGGCACGAACAACGUCUCGUGGAAUGUCAUACGAGCUCGGAGGAAAAACUACAAGCCGUCGGCUCGGGAGACACCUCGCCCCUGAACAAUGGAUGUCUGAGGCCUCCUCUUCAGGAAUUGAAAGACAGUCCCGGUGUUAAAAGGAGAUCUAGGCACGUGGCUAGAUUAAAUAUGGGCGAAGCUAAGGACGACAUUCACGUGUGCAUACUGUGUAUGCGCGCCAUCAUGAAUAACAAGUAUGGCUUCAACAUGGUCAUUCAGCAUCGCGAGGCAAUCAACUGCAUCGCCCUUAGUUUGAUGCACAAGAGUCUACGAACGAAAGCCUUGGUCCUCGAACUCCUUGCGGCGAUUUGCUUAGUCAAGGGUGGCCACGAAAUCAUUCUCUCAGCCUUUGACAACUUUAAAGAAGUCUGCGCGGAAAGAAGAAGAUUCACGACUCUAAUGGCAUACUUCACUCAAUACGACAGUUUUCACAUAGAAUUCAUGGUUGCCUGUAUGCAAUUUGUGAAUAUCGUGGUUCACUCCGUGGAGGACAUGAACUUCCGAGUACAUCUUCAAUACGAAUUCACUAAGCUUGGAUUAGACGAGUAUUUGGAGAAACUGAGGCACACCGAGAGCGAGGAUUUGCAGGUUCAAAUCUCAGCGUAUCUAGACAAUGUAUUCGACGUAGCAGCUUUAAUGGAGGAUAGCGAAACGAAGACUGCCGCAUUAGAGAAAGUAGCUGAAUUGGAGGAUGAACUUGGUCAUGCGCACGACAGAAUGGCAGAACUCGAGCGGGAGUCGCUGGCAAAGUUAGCGGAGUUGGAAACAGAACUAGGUGCUUUGAAAGUGGAGUAUAGUGAAGCGGUAGAGGCUCGACGAUUAGCCGAGGAAGAAUUGACGGCGUUAAAGAGGCAGAAACAGGAUUCCGCUCGAAGGCAGAGCGUUUUGGAGAAUAAGAUCAUCGAAUUGGAGACUCUUACAGGAACUCUGACCAAGGGCUCGACUAGAGACACUCUACGAAACGGAUCUGCUACGAAUUCCAACAGCAUAGAAAAUGCCGCGUCUCCUACUCAUAAUUCGACUCCAUCUCCAACUUCGGAGGAACCCUCGCCGUCUGCUCCUGCGCCACCUCCUCCACCUCCGCCGCCGUGUCCUCCUCCACCCCCUAUGGCACCGCUUUCCCCAGGAGAUCAAAAAUUGCCACCGCCUGUACCUAUUCCACCGCCUCCCGCUGGAAUGAUGCAGGCACCGGAUGGAGCGAUGACCAUAAAACGAAAGGUUCAAACGAAAUACAAGCUACCUACCCUGAAUUGGAUCGCUCUGAAGCCGAACCAAGUCCGAGGAACGAUUUUCAACGAGCUGGAUGACGAUCGUUUGCACAGUUACAUAGACUUCUCCGAUUUUGAGGAGCGAUUCAAGAUAGGAAUGGGAAGCCACGUUGCCAAUGGUAACAACGAGAUCGACGGUCUUCACAGUUUCCCGAGCAAGAGGUUCAAGAAGCCUGAGGUGUCGCUUCUGGAGCACACUAGGCUAAGAAAUAUUGCGAUAUCGCGAAGGAAGAUGGAAAUGCCAGUGGAGAAAGUGAUAAUGGCGGUCAACGCUCUCGAUCUGAAAAUACUAUCGUUAGAAAAUGUGGAAUUGUUGCAACGCAUGGUACCCACGGAUCAAGAGAUAAAAGCGUACAGGGAAUACAUAAUAGAGAAGAAGAAUGUGAACCUGCUAACGGAGGAAGACAAGUUCUUGAUGCAACUGGGCAAAGUGGAAAGGAUAUCUACGAAAUUAUCUAUUAUGAAUUAUAUCGGGAACUUCUUCGACAAUCUCCAUUUAAUAACACCGCAAAUACAUGCUGUGAUAUCCGCCUCAAGUACCGUGAAGAGUUCGAAAAAGUUGCGGGCAGUUCUCGAGAUCAUUCUCGCGUUUGGGAAUUACUUGAACAGCAGUAAACGUGGACCGGCUUACGGAUUCAAGCUUCAGAGUUUGGACACGUUGCUCGACACCAAGUCCACCGAUAAGAGGAUGUGCCUUUUACAUUAUAUCGUGGCCACGAUACGAGUCAAAUUUCCAGAACUGAUUAACUUCGAAUCAGAGCUUAUGUACAUCGAUAAAGCAGCAACUGUAUCGUUAGAAAAUAUUACGACCGACGUCCACGAGUUAGAGAAGGGUAUGGAUCUCGUUCGAAAGGAAUUCGAACUCCGAGGAAAAGAGAAACAUAAUACCGUCCUUCGAGAUUUCUUGAAUAAUUCCGAAGAGAAGCUAAGAAGACUGAAGUCCGACGCGCGAGCCGCUGGCGAAGCUUUCAGAGAAUGCGUCGAGUUCUUCGGAGAGAGUCCCAGGCAAGCGGAUGCCAACACGUUCUUCUCUCUGUUGGUCAGAUUCGCGAGGGCAUUUAAGGCUGCGGAUCAAGAGAACGAACAGCGUCGAAGACUAGAAGCAGCUGCUGCGGAAGCUUUGAACGCCUCCGAGGACGUAAUCAAACGAAACAAGCUAAAUCAGAAAAAGCAACAGGACGCUGUGAUAAACGAAUUGAAAAACAAGACGAGGCUGGUCCAGGAGAAGAAGCUGUUGCAGCAGGACGAGGUUUACAACGGUGCUCUCGAGGACAUUCUUCUCGGGCUUCGAUCGGAACCUUAUCGAAGGGCGGAUGCUGUAAGGAGAAGCCAACGAAGGCGAAUCGAUAAUCACAGACUGUCGCGCACUGCCGAGGAACUCGAGCUCUAG